AUGGCGGCAGCAAGUAACUUCUUCAGCAUCGUCGCUGGUGUAGGCGCAGGCACGGGUCGUUCUGUGGCUCUUAAAUUCGCAAAAGCAUAUCCCGUGAUCCUCUUAGCCAGAAAUCCCCAAAACUACGAGUCCAUCGUCUCGGAGAUCAAGUCUUCUGGUGGUCACGCUAUUGGCAUCUCCACAGAUGUUUCCUCGCCUCAGUCUGUUUCAAGCGCCUUUGCAGAGAUCCAGAAAGAGUUCAAGGGGAAGCAACUGGCUGCGGCUGUCUAUAAUGUUGGUGGUAGAUUCAUUAAGAAGCCGUUUCUGGAAUUGACUUUGGAGGAAUAUGAGGCUGGUUAUGAGGCUAAUGGAAAGGGGUUUUUCCUCUUUGCACAAGCUGUGCUGCCACUCUUGCUCGACUCUGUGUCCACCUCUCUCCAUCCCCCGUCUCUGAUCAUUACUGGCGCUACUGCAUCGGUCCGCGGAUCAGCAACGAUGUCGUCCUUUGCCAGCGGGAAGUUCGCGCUAAGAGCUACUGGUCAGAGUCUCGCAAGAGAGUUUGGUCCCAAGGGUGUGCAUGUGGCCCAUGCCAUUAUCGAUGGCGUUAUCGACAUUCCGAGAACCCAUGACUGGCCUGUUAAUGGGGGUGUUGAAGAUGGUAAGAUUGAUAGUAGUGCUAUUGCGGAUGCAUAUUGGUAUCUUCAUACCCAACCCAGAUCUCAUUUCACUCAGGAAUUGGACGUUCGACCAUACGUCGAGAAAUUCUAG